UACGGUACGUUAAUCCCCGCUGAUCCUUGAGAUCUUCUUGCGAUAUUGCUUCCAUUGUAAUAAUUUCGUGCAACAAUUCACAACCAGCUGUUUUGAAGGCGCCGUAAAACGAAACCAGGGAGUGUUGAAAGCCGUACAGAAUGUUACCUUCGUACGUUGGAAGUCGUUGCACAACGCUUAUUGCCUCGCUAGCGAAGGUCGUGUUGAAACAGCUUAGGAUCUCAGGGAAAAAAAAAAAAAAGAUAAGCGUCAUCAUCUCAAUCGUCGAUGCGCGCUUCCACGCGCAGCUGGGCUCGUAGCUGGCACUACUCUAGGAAUCGAGCAACUACCGCACGGCCUGACGUGAUCGCGACAUGAAUGAACCGAAGCCGUCCAGCAAACACGGGGAUGUCAAGCGCGACAACGCCAAACAGGAGAAAUACGCCGAGGUCAAGCAGACGGAUGUCAAGACUAUCGAAGCUGUAUUUCUUGGAGCCUGCGUGGUCGAUCUGAUCAGCUAUGCUGAUCGCUUCCCCGCACCUGGGGAGACGCUGAUUGGUAAUGACUUUGUCAUGGGUCAUGGCGGCAAGGGAGCCAAUUCCUGUGUCAUGGCUGCUCGCAUGGGAUUGACAUGCAGCAUGAUCGCAAAAGUUGGCAGUGACAAGAUUGGAAAGGACUACUUGCAGUACCUUCGUGAUAUUAAAGUUAACACAGAUCACGUCAGGCCGGCAGACACAAGGGCAAACAAUGCCACGGCCAACAUCAUUGUAACGAAGAAAGGUCAUAACUGCAUCGUCUACGUCCCCGGAGCUGCGGCACUGCUCCUGCCGCAAGACGUGCAAGAUGCCGAGCAAGUGAUCAAAAACGCAAAGAUUCUGGUGGCCCUCUUCGAAUGCUCCAGACAGACAAUGAUGGAGGCCCUGAAGAUUGCUCGAAAGUAUAAUGUGACGACAUUUGUAAACGCUGCUCCGUACGAUCCUACAAUGACGGACGACAUUUACAAGUUGACCGACAUCCUCUGCCUUAACGAGACUGAGGCCAGCAAACUCACCGGCCUGAAGGUGAACACCAAGGCUGAGUGCCAGGUUGCCGCGGACGCUCUGCUGGCCAAGGGGUGCCACACGGUGAUAAUGACCGUCGGUGAGCUGGGCGCCUACUUUUGCACCAGUGCCAAUCGCCUGCUCACUCACAUCCCAGCUGAGAAGGUUGACGUGGAGGAUACAACGGGAGCUGGCGAUGCAUUCAACGGGGCGUUUGCGUACCACUACGUGCGGCACCGUGAUGUGCCCUUGGCGGACAUCAUCAAGAAGGCGUGCGACAUUGCCAGCAUCACGGUCCAGUCACCCGGCACCCAGCUUAGUUACCCCCAGCGUGCCGACAUUCCAGAGAGCCUGCUGUAGGAGUUUGUACCUACCGAUCGGGAUACCUGCAGGAUGGCAGUUUGUGUACGCGUGCAUAUAAAUCAGUGUGCUGAAAGAGAAAAAUGUACCUGCCUUGUAGCUCAAGUGCGCCUUUGCAUGUGCUGCAAACAAGUCCUCGAUUCGAGCUAGAUCAAUAGAUUAAUGGGCGAUCUUAUGUUUAAUAUUUCGCGCAUGUUCAACACUAGUGGUUGUUGAGAGUUGCUGCCAUCUCUGUAAAGUCGCACAACCUUAUUUGAAAUUGCUACCAGAUCAUUGUCUCAUUUCGAAAAAUUGUUUUCUUUGUGUAAGUACUCCACUUCGUUGGGCAGACAAUUGCCGCCAUAGGUGCUGAUGCUACUCAAUUUGAACAGCCCGUCCCAAUAUGGUCAGAGUGGCGUAAUCUUCAUGCGACCUCUCUGUGAAUCAGACUGUGCUGACAUCACAUGAGAGGUACCCUAGUCUAACACAGGUGGUGCCACUUUGCCUUUUUUUUUUCGCCUACGAAAGCUUGGUUCUCGUUACAAUAGACAAAUAUGUUAGAAACACCUUGAGGGGUUUUUGCAAUACAUGUACAAGUCUGCUGAUCUGUCCUGCUUCGUUUCUGCUGUACAUGUACGAUCCUGUAGGGGUGGGGCGAUCUUAUGUUUAAUAUUUCGUGCAUGUUUAACAUAUGUAGUCACACAACCUUAUUUGAAAUUGCAUCUCCACUCACGAGGGUGCACAACUUGGCUUGCUAACCUCCGAGUGCUCAUUCAAGUGGUCGCGCGCGCUUCGUCUGCUACAUUCAAGGCAUGCGUGGAAGUGAUGGGAUCGUCUUUUACGACCACCGCUACCGUGUUUCCAGUAGCUUUCCAUUUGCCCAAGGCAGCCACACACAGCGCAGGUGUAGCCAGUGCCCGAAGCAAAGAGAGGACACGUGAUUCAUGCAACAAGGCGCACUGCACCGAGUCCUGCUUCCAGAGUACCAUACUGUAAAGAAAAACUAGACAUAUUUUUCUACAUCUCGGACAGUAGCAGACAUUUCUGCCUGUGCUCUCAUACUCUCCACACGUGAAACACACUUUUGUGGAAACAUGUUGACCACAAAUUUUGCUCUAGAAAUGUUUCUUGAUCUCUCAUUGUGGAGCUUGUUUGCGCAUGUACUGUUGUGUGUGUAAAUAAAGUGUCUUUGAGACAAAG